UCCGGCUUUUCCUCUUUCACUCCCCCCUUGUUCCUCCCGGUCCUCCUCCUCCUCCUCCUGCUGCUGGUCCUGCCGCCCCCCGGGCCGAGCUCCCCCCCGGUCGGGGCCGGCGGUCGGGGCCCCCCCCUGCCCGCCCCGCUAGAUGAUAGAGGAUACAAUGACCCUGCUGUCUCUGCUGGGCCGCAUCAUGCGUUACUUCUUGCUGAGGCCGGAGACCCUGUUCCUGCUGUGCAUCAGCCUGGCCCUCUGGAGCUACUUCUUCCACACGGACGAGGUGAAGACCAUCGUCAAGUCCAGCCGGGACGCCGUGAAGAUGGUGAAGGGCAAAGUGGCCGAGAUCAUGCAGAACGAGCGGCUCGGGGGGCUGGACGUGCUGGAGGCCGAGUUCUCCAAGACCUGGGACUUCAAGAGCCACAACGUGGCCGUCUACUCCAUCCAGGGCCGCAGGGACCACAUGGAGGACCGCUUCCAGGUGCUCACCGACCUGGUCAACAAGACCCACCCGUCCAUCUUCGGGAUCUUCGACGGCCACGGGGGAGAGUCUGCGGCUGAAUAUGUGAAAUCCCGUCUACCUGAAGUUUUGAAACAACACCUGCAGGAUUAUGAGAAAGACAAAGAGAAUAGCAUCCUCUCUUACCAGACCAUCCUGGAACAACAGAUUCUGUCAAUUGAUCGAGAAAUGCUGGAAAAAUUGACUGUAUCCUAUGAUGAAGCAGGUACCACAUGUUUAAUUGCUCUGCUGUCAGACAAAGACCUCACAGUGGCCAAUGUUGGAGACUCACGUGGUGUCCUGUGUGACAAGGAUGGGAAUGCCAUUCCUUUGUCACAUGAUCAUAAACCCUAUCAGCUGAAGGAAAGAAAGAGGAUUAAACGGGCAGGAGGCUUCAUCAGCUUUAACGGCUCCUGGCGUGUUCAAGGAAUCCUAGCAAUGUCUCGCUCCCUGGGAGAUUAUCCGCUGAAAAAUCUGAAUGUUGUCAUCCCCGACCCAGAUAUCUUGACCUUUGACCUGGACAAGCUACAGCCGGAGUUCAUGAUUUUGGCGUCAGAUGGGCUUUGGGAUGCUUUCAGCAAUGAAGAAGCUGUUCGAUUCAUCAAAGAGCGCUUGGAUGAACCACACUUUGGUGCCAAGAGUAUAGUGUUGCAGUCAUUUUAUAGAGGCUGCCCUGACAACAUAACAGUCAUGGUGGUGAAGUUCAGGAAUAGCAGCAAGACGGAAGAACAGUGAAGUGCUGCUAUUCCCUGCCUCUAGAUGAAAGGACUUUCAACAAACUUUUAUUUCAGUUUUGUAGAAGAGUAGUGCUUUCAGUAAGAUUGUACACAAAAGAAGGGAAAGAAGGCUAAGCCCCCUCUCCAGUGGUCUUGGGUUUGUGUUCAGUGAUGAGCAAAUAUAGGAAGCCAGCAAAUAGGGUUUGAAUGGUUGGAAAAAUUAUUGUCUGUGUGUGUGUGAUUGUUCCAGCUCUCCCUCCCAGGAUGUUUUAGAAAUCUACAUUAACUCCACAUUUUUAGUUUAAAAGUUUCAAGUGUCUAACCUUAUUCUGGAGUGGAAAUAGCAGUGGGUAUGCUACUCCAGAUAAGAGCCAGAGUGAUAGACAUGGCAUCAGGGAAACAGCGUGGCCCAGCAGAAAGAGCACGGGCCUGGGUGUCAGAGGACCUGGGUUCUAAUCUCAGC